AUGUCCACUGCAGCUGGUCCCAUCCGCUCAGCACCGACCUUCCUUGCUCGGUCUCUGAUAUUUACUCCUUCACACCUAAGUCACCACCUCCACCAAAAUAUCCGUCGAAGUCUCGAUCCUUACAGGUUCAACGCUAGGAACCUGCACUCAUCGCCGCGCCGUGCAGCCACUGUCCCUUCUACCUCCCCCAGCAUGGCUAAUUCCGCCAUCCCGCAUAUUUCACUACACAUCGCGGCGUCGUCGAGCGGGAAAGGCAGAAAAUUCCGUCCAGAACUGAGCACAUACGAGUACAUUCCGAGCGACGAUGAUGGGUUGGGUCUUCAACGUGGUUCCACGCUCGAGGAGAAGAGGAUCCGACGGCCUGACAGCGGGCAGGAUGCAUACUUUGUCGCUCGUGUUGGAAAAGACCCCACGACGACGGCAUUCGCCAUUGCGGACGGCGUCGGUGGCUGGUCCGAGCACGGAAUUGACCCAGCUGACUUCUCCCACGGCUUGUGUAGCUACAUGGCGGAGACCACACUCGCUUGGUCAUUAAAAGAGCGGCUUGGCCCUAAACAACUUCUCGAGAUAGGCUAUGAGAAAACGAUAAGGGAUCCUACAAUCCACGCUGGCGGGACAACAGCCUGUGUUGCGGUGACAGAAGGAGAUGGCCGCAUGCGAAUCGCAAAUCUGGGCGACUCAGGCUUUCUGCAAUUGCGGCUAGGAGCAGUGCAACAUUAUUCGAUCCCUCAGACUCAUGCUUUCAAUACUCCUUACCAGAUGAGCCUCACUCCGCCCGACAUUUUGGCCCAAGCCAUGAUCUUUGGGGGCUUGCCUUUGAAUGACAAGCCGGAACGCGCGGACCUAGCCGACCAUAUGCUUCGGCACGGUGACGUUCUUGUUUUGGCGACGGAUGGUGUAUGGGACAAUCUCAACUCCCAAGACAUAUUGUCUAUUGUUUCCUUACACAUGCGCACUACUGGUGCCUGGCUGAGAACCAGGGACCAAGGCUACACGGUCUCGCCCGUCCUGUCUGAGCUGGUGGAUCAGCAACUCGCUCCCCACAAGCAUAAGCUUCGAAUUUCGGAUACCGUGGACAGUUCCGUCCAACAAUUGCCUCUCGCGACCGGCACCUUGCAGAGCGUGCUGGCCGCAGCGAUUGUCGGGGAAGCGAAAAACGCCAGCCUUAACGCUAAACGAGAUGGCCCGUUUGCCAAGGAGAUGCAGAAGCAGUUUCCUUACGACCCCUGGCAUGGCGGGAAGGUGGACGACAUUGCCGUCCUGGUCAUUGUGGCUGUCGACGAGAACAAGGUCAAUGAGGAUCCUCAGAAGCUGAAGGCGAAGCUAUAA